AACUUUGUACCCAAUAUACUGAUUAAACCUUUUUUCCAUGUCUAGGGGUGUGCCAACUUGAUGGGAUAAGGGACAAAGAGAAGCCUAAUGUGAGGCAAAACCUAGUAUCCUCUUACAAUGCAGUAUUGGCCCCAAAGGUGAAGGCAGCCUGCUUGGAUUCCACAAGUAUGGCAACAAAAGAGAUUAUGAUUGUGGGAAAACACACCUGUGAUUACAAACAGAGUUUUUCGACGUGGUUCGAUCAGUUUAUUAUUCUCCUCCAACGAAACAUGAAAGAGAGAAAGCAUGAAACAUUUAACCCUCUGGGAGUUUUUCAAGUGAUCACGGCCUCAUUGUUAGCUGGUUUCAUGUGGUGGCACUCUGAUUAUCGGGAUAUUCAGGAUCGUCUAGGGCUUCUUUUCUUCAUUGCUAUCUUCUGGGGUGUUUUUCCAUCUUUCGGUGCCGUGUUUGCAUUUCCUCACGAGCGAGCUAUUUUCGUCAAGGAAAGAGCUUCGGGUAUGUAUACGCUAUUGUCCUAUUUCAUGGCCCGUAUUACGGGGGACCUACCCAUGGAUAUGAUUCUCCCCAUAUUAUUCCUGGCAAUAGUGUAUUGGAUGACCGGACUAAAAUCUGAGCUGUGCGCAUUUUUGCUAACCCUAAUUGUGCUCCUCGGUCAUGUGCUUGUAUCUCAAGGACUCGGCCUUGCUCUUGGUGCAUUGAUCAUGGAUGCCAAAAAGGCGUCAACUGUGGUAACUGUCACAAUGCUAGCAUUUGUUUUAACAGGAGGAUUCUACGUGCACAAGGUGCCAGCCUUCAUGUCAUGGUUUAAGUAUAUUUCGACCAUAUUUUAUAGCUAUCGGCUUUUAAUCAACGUCCAAUAUGGUGAUGGGACACAAAUUUCCUCAUUGCUCGGAUGCUCUAUCAAAGAUGGCCAAAAGAGAGCAAGCUGUAAAUUUGUUAACCAAGACAUCGUAGGACAAAUGCAUCCAGCAAUGAGCGUUGGGAUUUUGCUCAUCAUGUUUGUAGGAUAUAGAGUAUUGGCCUACAUCGCCUUGUGGCGCAUCAGAGAUUGAAAAAAUUGUGUAGGGGUGUUGAAUCAUAUUGGCCUAAGGCUUUGGAUAACUAGAAAAGCAAACCGAUGAUUGAUCGAUUUCUUGA